AUGGUUUAUCAAGGUCUCUGUCCAUCAAAGCCUGUCCCAAAGCCUCGAUUUGCUGCGGUGAGAACUUUGUAUCAUCCCAACUCGGAUGAGCACAUUGUGCUGGACUCGGACGCGGUUGUCCUGUACUUGCCAGGCCCGAAGACAGUCACUGGUGAAGAUGUACUCGAACUGCAUGUACAUGGCGGUAGCGCCACCGUGAAAGCAGUCCUUUCUGCCAUUCCGGCCUGUCCUGCACUGGGUAUUGUUCGAUAUGCAGAACCAGGCGAGUUCACCAAGCGUGCCUUCGUCAAUGAUCGUUUGGAUUUGGCUCAGGUCGAGGCCCUCAGUGACACCUUAUCCGCCGAGACAGAGCAGCAGCGGCGUGCAGCCGUUCGUGGUGCCUCUGGAAACCUGGGAAGAACAUACGAAGACUGGCGCCAGCAACUACUCCAAGCAAGGGCCGAAGUCGAAGCCAUAAUCGACUUCUCCGAAGAUCAACACUUUGACGAAUCGCCGAGGGAGCUACUGGCCAAUGUGUCACGGCAAGUUGAAGAAAUCCUCAACAGCAUCGAGAAAUGGUAUUCGUAUAGCUUUGCUUGGCCCCCAAAUGUGGGCAAAAGUUCCCUGAUGAACCGCAUCGUGGGUAGAGAGGCUUCUAUCGUUUCUGGAGAAGCGGGUACCACUCGCGAUAUCGUCGAGGCCCACCUAGAUAUCCGAGGGUACCUGUGCACUUUUGCAGAUACAGCGGGUUUCAGGAGUGCCAAUAUCGAUGAUACCCCUCUUGGGGCCAUAGAGAAAGAGGGCAUCCGCCGGGCUAGGGCGAAGGCCCUUGAGUCUGAUAUUGUGGUAGUGCUCGUGUCGGUUGAGCAGGCCCCCUCUGGGGAUUACUUCCUUAAUUAUGACAAGCAAACCCUAGAGCUACUCAAGACUGUCGGCCAAGGGUUUGUUGUGGUGAACAAAAAAGACAUGUUGCCGGAAGACCAGUUACGAGAUUUGAUACAAGAAUUCCAGCCAUCAACGCUUGACAGUUUGGGCGACGUAACACAUGCUGAACCAGUCUUGGUUUCAUGCAAAGAUGCCCAGCACAAACCUGUCAAGGGAAUUGAUCCAGGAGGUGUGCAGGGGGUGGCUGAUCGUCUGGGAGAGCUGUUUUUGGCCAUGACCGCGUUGCCUAGUGGCCAGGAAGAUCUCCUCGGCGUUACCCAACGCCAGAGACAGCUCCUCAUACAGUGCAGACGACACUUGGAGGAUUACGUUGGCAAUACCACAUCCGAUGAAAUUCUAGAUGAGCUCAAUUUCGUGGUUGCUGCGGAGGACCUCCGUUAUGCCGCCAACUGUCUGGCACGCAUCACCGGCCGCGGCGAAACCGGUGAUAUUGAGGAGGUGUUGGGUGUUAUCUUCGAGAAGUUUUGUGUAGGGAAAUGA